CCAUAACACUACAGCUGCUAUUGUAUUCCAGGUCUCUCUAAGGUGAAUGAUACUGAUUAUGCUUUGACAACAGAGUGUCUUAAAGAUGGAUAUAGAGGACUGCAAUGGACGCUCUUAUAUAUCUGGUAAUGGAGAUUCCUCUUUGGAAAAGGAGUUCACCUCCACGAUUGUGGGGCCCACGGUGAGCACACCAAACAGCCAACACUCCUCCCCGAGCCGCUCCCUUAGUGCAAAUUCUAUCAAGGUGGAAAUGUACAGCGAUGAAGAAUCAAGCCGUCUGCUAUCGCAUGAUGUCCGGCUCAUUGAAAAAGAGGAGAGUGUGAUUGUGGAGGAUUCCCUCUCUGAGCCCCUCGGCUACUGUGACGGGACAGGGCAGGAGCCACAUUCCCCUGGCGGCAUCCGGCUACCCAAUGGCAAGCUGAAAUGUGACAUCUGUGGGAUGGUGUGCAUUGGCCCGAACGUACUGAUGGUGCACAAACGCAGCCACACCGGCGAGAGGCCAUUCCAUUGCAAUCAGUGUGGUGCGUCCUUCACCCAAAAAGGCAACCUCCUGCGCCACAUCAAGCUGCACUCGGGCGAGAAGCCUUUCAAAUGUCCCUUCUGCAACUAUGCCUGCCGGAGGAGAGAUGCGCUCACGGGCCACCUCCGCACACACUCAGUCUCCUCCCCCACAGUUGGCAAGCCCUACAAAUGUAACUAUUGUGGCCGCAGCUACAAGCAGCAAAGCACGUUGGAAGAGCACAAGGAACGCUGUCACAACUACCUGCAGAGUCUUAACACUGAACCACAGUCGCUGGCUGGCCAGCAAGGUGACGAGAUGCGAGACUUGGAGAUGGUGCCGGACUCCAUGCUUCACUCCUCAGCCGACCGGCCAACCUUCAUUGACCGACUGGCAAACAGCAUCACCAAACGAAAACGCUCCACACCUCAGAAAUUUGUGGGAGAGAAGCAGAUGCGGUUUGGCCUCUCCGACAUGGCAUUUGAUGUCAACUCCAGCUUUGAGAAGGAUGUGGAGAUGGUGGCUGCCCACCAUCCCAUGGACACUAGCUUUGGCAGUUCACUGUCAUUCGUGGGGGCAGAACACUUGCGGCCCCUCAGACUCCCGCCCACGAACUGCAUCUCUGAGAUCACCCCUGUUAUCAGUUCUGUCUACACUCAAAUCCAGCCCCUCCCAGGGAGGCUGGAAAUAGCAGGAAACCGGGAAGCUGCUGAAGUCCACGAGGAACUCCCUGAUGGGACGCAGAUUGUGUACCGGGCAUCGCGGGAGCCGAGUAUGGUAUCGCCUAGCAAUGGUUGCCAGGAUUCCACAGACACUGAGAGCAUCCACGAGGAGAGGGGCUCACAGCAGCCGCUGCUGCCCAGCAUUGGGAACUGCAUCAGCAGCCGGCAGAGUCCGGCCUACGCCAAAGAGGACCCAAAACUGCAAGAGGGCAUCAUCCCCACCACUACUCGGUCAACUCCCAGCUCAGCCAAAGAAGCCCUGCGAGUGGUGAAUGAUGACGGGGAACAGGUAAAAGCCUUCAAAUGCGAGCACUGCCGGAUCUUAUUCUUGGACCACGUCAUGUUCACCAUCCAUAUGGGCUGCCACGGCUUCAGAGACCCUUUUGAAUGCAACAUCUGCGGCUAUCAUAGCCAAGAUCGGUACGAGUUCUCCUCCCACAUAGUGCGAGGGGAGCAUAAAGUAGGCUAACCCUAAACCCUGCCUCCCCUCUAGUCUCUCCCUCCCCGUCUCUAGCACUCUCCAUCCUUGUUAGGCAUGGAACUGUCCAUUUCUUUUGUACUCCUUUGCACUGACUUUGGCUAAAAAAGAGAAAUAUUUAAAAAAAAACACAAAAAAACCCUAACUUUAAAAAAAAAUAUAUCCAACAAACUUGAGACGGGGAGGAGCUCAUAACAUUUUGCCUUUUCUAUGCUGUGUUAUUUAAAUACUGUUAAUUGAUUUAAAAAUUAUUUUGCGCUUUUCUCUCCCACAUAGUUAUUUAUUAACCUUUUUCUCUCUCUUUAUUUUAUUGAUAAGUCCUUUCUUUCAGUCAUUUCACAGGGACUGUCUCCAUCAAGGGAUAUGUAAGCCGCUGGUGUAUAUCAGCAAUGUAAUUGUGUCUUUAAGGUUUAAGUCUCUUCCUCCUCCUCCUCCUCCAUUUAAAGUUUCUUUGGGCUUCUUCUUGUUUCAGUUCAGGUAUCUCUGUGAAGCCACCAUGUUAGACAUAAAGAACCUCAGAUCAGGUGCUAAAAUAUUGUAGAACUUCCCCCGUUCAAGGGGCUAGGAAAGCCACGACUUGAGUUACACUGAGUUGGUAGAUGACAGAAAGAACUGCAUAUGCCCUUUUUUAUGGGCAUCUGUGAAAUGGAGCAUAGAAAGGUAUCCUAGUAGGAACUCUGUGGUCCCAAGAACUCAAUACCUCUGUGCUUCUGCUUACAACUGCUUUCAAUGGAAAUGUGCUGCCUCCUCUAUUGAGGCCCAGGCGGGGCGGCAAAUUUUGCAUCUGGUGAAGAUGAAGGGGCUGCAGUGCCACCUGUUUGAAGGAAGGUGGUGAGCACUUCGUAGAUGCAGUUUGCCAGUGUGCUGCCUUUCAGAUUCAACUGAGGAUCAACAUUAGGAAAGCAAAUGCUGUGUCCAAGAUGCAGUGAAUGAACCGUAGCAUUCUAUGGUUAAGGCUGUGUUCUGCUUCUUAGCUGUUAAGAAUCUGGGGUGUCUCCUUCUGCAAGGACUUGUUUGAUGUCCCUGUCAGUCAGCCUGGCCUUCUCUCCAGAAAGGCUGUCUGAGCUGACAUCCUCUGAGCUUUCUUUUCUUAGCUCUUACAGAGCCAUUCCUGCUGGAGGCUUUGAAGAUGUAAGCCUCAACCCUUAGGUGAGUGUAUGUCCAUGACUCCUCUCUCCAAAAGCGUGUUCCUUCAUCCUAGAGGAAGUUGCAAAUAGAACAUUGUUGGCCAGAAAGCAAUUCCCUAGGAGACAUUAUCAAGGGACUUUCAAUAGGAGGCAAGAAAGAUGCUAGUGACAACCUCUAUGUAGUUGGCUUAACAACCUUUCUUGUAGCUACUAGGGAUAGGAAGGGUGCAAGUGAGAUCCUUAUGUGGAGUCAGCAUAGCAACCUUUUGCAACUACUAGAGUCAAGAGGUUCUAGCCCUGUCACUUCCUCUUGUUGUUCCAGUGCCUAAUGCCCAGAAUUGGUUACCACUGAGCAACUUAGGAUAUGGCUGCUUAGAUUCCCAGUGGAUAUGGCUGUGUUUUGUUGACACAGAUCAGUCAUGAGCCUUAGAGAUCUGUGCUCAGAAAGCAUGCACUCUUUGGACCCAUUAGCAAGAUCUGACAGCAGCAGUCAUGUGGUAGAAGGCCUGUGUCUUAUUUAUCUAUGGAAAAGCACACACUGCUCAUCCAAAACCAAGGGGAUGCAUGUUUUGCAGUGUUUCUCUUUAAGAGGAAUCUCUGACCAGGGCAGAGAAGGAAAUAAUUUAUAGGCUGAUUUGCAGUAAUAGCAUAGGAAAAAAGGUGUAGAGCAGCCUUCCCCAACAUGGUGCCCUUCAGAGUGUUGGACUGGAACUCCCAUCAUUCCCAGCCAUCAUGGCAGCAUGCUGGGAAUAAUGGGCAUUGCAUUCCAACACAUCUGGAGGGCACAAGAUUGGGAAAGCUGGUAUAGAGCAACUGCUAGCAAAAUCCAUCUGCUAGUAGGUCAACUGAGUGACAUUAGUCCCCAGUUUUACCAAGGUCGGGGUGCCAGAGAGGGCCAUUGGUUUUCUCUAAGGUGGAUCUUGCAAGAACACCUUGCUUUGUGUACUUUAGUGUCUUAAAGCCUUUACUACCGCGAAGGGCUGAAACCUCCAUUCUGUCACGUGGCUGAAGAUUGCUGCUGGUAGUGGACCAUAAGCAAAGGUGGUAACUCCACUUGUUAAGAUUAUGCAGUCAUUCCUACCAAACAAAGUAGAAAACUUGUUAAUACUUGUUCUUAAGAGCAUAAUCACCAAAUGAGAAGGCUCAUAUGCUGAGGUUGCCGUUCUCCAAGUCCCUCAUCUCAGCAUCUCAGCCUUGCUAGAAAAAAAAAACUCCUGACAGAAAGGGAUGGUUCAAACUGUCUUUCUAGUCUAAGAUUGGCAAUGGAUGUAGCAAGGAGGAGAGCGCUCAUGGUUUUAAGUGAAUGCCCGUAAUGCAUAAAAUAACUUGCUCAACAGCAGCCAGCAAACUGCUUCCUUGUGGGAUAAACCAAAGGCUGUUCUUUUUCUACUUUAAAACAAAAAAAAACCUCAAGUUGCAUCAUUGUGUUUGUUUCCGCCUCUUUAUUCCUUUCUGAGAUGUGAAAUACAUUUUUUCUUUAAGGCCAGACAGACUUGCUUAUCUGGAAAGGCCUUGCUGAAUGGGAUAUUUCGGGAAAUUAUUUAAGGUGGUGGGCAGUGGGGGGACGACACACACACCUCCCUUUAAAUAGUCGUAUCCCUCUGCCCUGCCCCACUUCUUAAAAGCUCUUAGUUUUUCUGGUACAAAGUCACUUUGCCCCUUCUUCUCUCUCACUUGGGUUCAGCAUACGAAUGGUAUCUUCUAGGCUCAGAAGGCAUUUUGAGCUGGCCCCAGUAAUGUAUAUUAUAGCUUCAGCAGAUGAGAGGUGAAUGGGCUAUUAAAAUCCUUGUCAUUCUGAUUACCAUUGUGCAAUACAAAUGAAACAUGUUGGGAGAUUUUGCCAAAUUGUUGAGGGGACUCAAGAGUCCAGUUCUUGUGUUUUUUUUAAUGAGGAUUGUACUUCCUGAAAUUUCAUACGCCGUAUGGUAAAAGAUUUUGAUUUUUUUUAAAAGCACUCAUAUCUCCUAUUGAUGUACAUUUAAAGUAUUCAGCACAUUUUGUGAUUGUUGCUCCGAAGGGUCCAUUCACCUGACAUAGUUUUCCCCACAAUAAUUUCCAAAACGUGGAUACUUCUUAAAGUUUGUUGUGUGAAUGAAACUGCUCACUGGUGGCUCUACAGGUGGCAGCUCUGUCCUGGUAGUUGUCAUGGAGAGGGGACAUCUCCUGUGAUUGGGAAAGGUCAUGUGAACCAGACCUCAGACAUUGUACCUUUGAAUGUUUUAACUUCAUACUGCUCUAAAGGUUAGGAUUUUUUCUACCACAGAUCUUACAAACAUGAAGGUUUAGGUCAGGUUAACAACAGUAGCUUGGUAAGAUGAUAACCACGUUGAAUGAAUGAACUCAAGGUGUUAACACAAGUGUUUUGUUUGCGCCCCCAGAAAUCUGAGAGAGCAUAUCUGGAAGCUCCUUCUCAGUUACUUUUAAAACACACAGGUAGGCACUCGGGAAAGCUUGUCUGUAAAUCUGUGAAAGCAGGAUGUUGGACAUCGAAUGUACACUUACUGCAUGUAAUAAAGUAACUGAAAGUUGAUUUCCAAAGUAAAAAAAAUGCUGCUCACUCAGUGACUGUUUCAGCCCAUUGUGCAAGUGAGUAUAAGUUGUUUUAAGAGAAAGCUACUUCAAAACUAAUUAUCAAUAUAUUUUUCCAGGGACAGCCUAAUGGGCCAGUAUUUCUGAUUUUUCUUCUAUCCUACUUAUAUGAUUCUCCCUAGAAAAGUUAAAUGAUUAGUUCUGGUAAUGUAGCCUGCUCAUAUGAGUGCAUUUGGAGAAAGUCUUCAAACAUUUGUCACCUGAGCAUCCAGUGUUACAGUGGUAUUACAUCUCUGAGAGAAGAUGUUUACACAUCUUCAUAUACAGACAGGGUUGUGUUUAUAAAGAGGAUAGCAAUUCCUAAACUCAACUGUGUGCAUGUUUCUUUUCAGUGUGGAUCUAGGCCUAGAUAUGCAGUAGUCACUUCCCAGUUUUAUUGGUAGAAUUUAUCCCUGUAGGAUCUGACAAACAGCACCUGCCCUGUAGGUACAUGAAACUUCCUUGACCUCUUUCUAGACCUUUUAAGACCUCUACUCCAGUGUAUUUUGGGUAAAACCCAUGUAUCUUAAUUGGAAAGCAUUAUUUUGUCCAUAAUACCAAAGCAUAACAAAAAUGGGUAGUUAUGAAGCUCUUCAGCCAAGCCCCCAAUUUUGCAUGGAAAGUGUGCAAUUUCCCCCCAGACUUUGGCUACAUAAGCACUGAUUUAAUUAUUUUGCCUGUCUUUUAAGCAGAACUGGAAAUAAUACAUAGAACAACAUUUACAUCUACUUUCUUUCCACUUAGUAAAUUAGCUGCAUAGGGACUUUUAAAAAACUGAGCUUGUGAGAAAGACACCAUGACUUGCUUCACACAUAAUGCUAGCCCAUUGUUUAUUUAACCUAUAGUUAACCCAUGGUCUCUUGUCCUACCCAGGGUUUAUCUGGCAGGUGAGUGAACAAACCGUGGUGGGUUUUUUUUAAUCCCUGGGUUACUGUUUCCCUCCUCCACCCACUCCCUCCCUGUAUCCCAGAUGCUUUUGUUGUACCCUAAUACUGGCAUGCAGACCUACUGGGUUUUUCAACUGCUCUUUUACCACCUCUGUAGCCUGGCAAAACAACCCAUGGUUCUGUGUUCUCAUGUAAUGGCAACCCAUAGCUUAAACAACCAAGAAUAUGAAGUCGAGCUCAACAACAAACCAUGGGUUCUCUUUCUGGGUUGUUCAUGGUUAACAACCAUGGCUUGUUAGCAUGUCUGGGUUUGACAUCACGACAACCCAGAAUUCACAACCCAUACCAUGGUUUAAGCAUUAUGUGGGAACCCAGCCCAAGAGUAUGGAGUUGAGUUUUGCUAAGAAUCUAUCCUUUUGAAUCCUGAAUUCUAGAAGGGAUUCUUAAUGUCCUUUUUUUUCCAUGUGAGAUGAGAAUUCUUUCCAGGUCCAACAGACAAAAUUCUGGGGAAAUGCAUCAUUUUUUUCCCAUUGCAGAGACUUAGAUUGCUCUCAAACUAGUGUAAAUGUAACGUGAAUGGCUGACUGGAUAAACUUUCAUCUUGAUUCAUUUUUCAAGAAAUGGAGGCAUUCCUGGCAUACAACAUUGGGAAGAAAAUACACUUGUGAAUCUUUCCUUGUUGCAUUUUUACACAUUUUUUUCUGAUACACGUAUGAAUCUUUGACACACACACAACAUUAAUAGGAGAAUCAGCUUUCAUUGUUGGAUACUGACACCUUGAAAGCCAAAGAUGGCCCUUGAGUGUUUGGCUUCAGUUGACAGAAACACUGAUAAAUUAAAGCACCUAAAGUGUCAUUUUUACUGUUGGUUGUUCUUUUUUAAAAAAACUAUCCCUUUGUGCCUCCAUAUGAGCCCACGUUCAGAUUUUUUAUUUUUUAUUUUGCUUCUUGGGGGAAUAGAUCUGUUCUCUGCAGAAACGUUUUUUUAAAUUGGACAUAUUAGGGAGUUUUAGCGCUAAAUUAAGAUGUCUAGAACAUCACUAUUGAACUAUAUUUACUGCACUGUGGAAUGGUACUAAACUCUCUUAACCUUGCUUCUAUGAUGAAUCAGGGAGCAAGAAUCCUGUUUUGGACUUCACGUCUUACCUCCUGCUCUCCCCUUUUGUGAAAAUGAAAACAGGUUAGUUUUUAGAGAAGCAAAGCUCUGAAAUUUCUAAGAAACCAGUGUUCCUUUUUAUUUUUGCUUUCACCUGAAUGAAGAGCCUAAAAAACAAAUGUAGGAAUUUUGUAAAACUCCAGGUCUCUUUAACUUGUGUAAAUAUAUAUAUUUUUUAACCAGAUGUAUGAAGAACAAAACGAUGUGCAAUAUCCCCAACCUGCUACAAUAUCCUUCUCUUCUUUCUAACAAGCUUUCAUUUGUAUAUUGUUACUGGGUUUGCUGGUGUCGCGCUCUUUUCCCCCUCUUCUUUUUUUGGGGUGGGUGGGGUUAAACUUGCUUUUAAAUAAAAGAAAAACCUCUUACUGCAAAAGCUUUUUUGUAUCUGUAAUAUAUUGUAAGUACAUAUUUGUGUAAUGGAGAUUAUACUACUGUUAAGUUUUGUACUGUACUGGCUGAAGGUCUGUUAUAAAUAAACAUGAGUAAUUUAACA